AUGCUGUGGGAUAAAGUUAUGUUUGCACUGAUUGCUCUAAACAGCGGGAUCGGAAAAAGUUUUCCAAACUAUAAAUAUGAUGAUAUGGAUGAUGAUCUUGCGUCUUUUGAUUACUACAAAGCGAUGGAUGAGCUGGAUUACCGAAAUGGCACAGAAUGUGAGGAGUGUGUGCCGGAGCUGUGUCCUGAAGCGAAGGGCUGUAGAGCGGGGCUUGUGCAGGACAGCUGCGGCUGUUGCAUGGAAUGUGGAAAUCUAGAGGGACAGUCGUGUGAUCUUGGAGAGAGGAAUGUCUAUUUCGGACUGUGUGGUUCGGAUCUCGAGUGCAAAUUCGACGGUUCGGAUGGAGAUGGUGGAGAGCUACCGGAACCUCAAUGUGUAUGUGUUUCUCAAGAACCUCUCUGUGGUUCCGAUGGUCAGACUUACAUGAACCUUUGUAAGUUCAAAGAGGCGGCUUUCUUGAACCCCGUACUCAACGUAAGUGACGGCCCGUGCAAAACAGUUCCUAUUAUCAAAGUCCCACCUCAUAACCAGGUGAACGUGACAGGAAGCAGUAUGGUGUUUCUGUGUGAGGUGUUUGCCUAUCCCAUGGCGCUGGUGGAAUGGAGAAAAGAUGGCAACGAUGUGAUAUUACCCGGUGAUGACCCACACAUAUCUGUCCAGUCCAGGGGAGGUCCUCAGAAGUAUGAGCUGUCAAGCUGGCUUCAGAUCGAAGAUGCAAGUCAGAUGGAUUCGGGCACGUACAGAUGUAUCGCUCACAAUGAACUUGGCAACGUUUCAGCAACUGCUGUGUUAGGGGUGCUACCUCCAGAUGAAAUGUCUGCCUAUUUAAAGGAAAAAAUGAAAGAGAUGUUUGGAUUUGACCAGUCCAGAGACUAUGAUGAGGACUAUUACUGA